CCAAAUAAUAAAGUUUCAAUCUUUUUCUUUAGGGUUUGGGAGAAUUUCAAUCGGAUCUCUAAAAAGAUGAUAGAUUUCAGUCGAGUCCAGAAAGAGCUUCAAGAUUGCGAGAGAAACCAGGAUUCUUCGGGUAUCCGGGUCUGCCCGAAAGCCGAUAACCUUACCCGACUCACCGGAACCAUUCCUGGUCCAAUCGGUACUCCUUACGAAGGCGGUACUUUUCAGAUCGAUAUCACUAUGCCAGAAGGGUAUCCAUUUGAGCCUCCAAAGAUGCAGUUUUCAACUAAAGUUUGGCACCCGAAUAUUAGUAGCCAAAGCGGAGCAAUAUGCUUGGAUAUCUUGAAAGACCAGUGGAGUCCAGCUCUUACUCUAAAGACAGCUCUUGUUUCAAUCCAGGCUUUACUCUCUUCGCCAGAGCCCAAAGACCCUCAAGAUGCUGUUGUAGCUGAACAGUACAUGAAGAACUACCAAGUGUUUGUAUCAACAGCUCGUUACUGGACCGAAACUUUCGCCAAGAACUCUUCUCUAGAGGAAAAAGUAAGGAAACUCGUGGAGAUGGGUUUUGGAGAUGCUCAGGUUAGGAGUGCAAUUGAAUCAAGUGGUGGAGAUGAGAAUCUGGCACUGGAAAAGCUCUGUUCUGGGUAGGAUCUAUCAAACAAGGUCUCAUUGGCGCUAGAUAUGAUAUUAAUUUGGUUUAUAACUCUUAUGUGCUUCUUCUCUUGCCUGCUGAUAAGAGUGAAACUGCUUAAAAAAAAUUAUUAAAUGCAAUGCUAUAUC